AUGCAAAAACUCGUUGUUUCUUUGAUUUUUCUGCGCUUGGCAUUGUGCCAAGUGACUCCAGACUACGACAAUUUCGAGUCGACGACAAUGCUACAAUCGGGGAUUCAGAAAUUGAUCCCCUACCCAGCCACGUCACAGGACUGUAAUUCGUGUAUUACUGUUGUCGAGACGAUUCGCCAGAAUCAGGGCAUGCAUGCGUAUCAGCUUACUGAGCUCGUCUACACAACUUGCGAAGGGACAUCGUUGCGAAAUUUGGAAGAUUUUUGCUUGACUGUUACUGCUGAUAUCGACGGCUACAUCACGCAAAUCAAGGAAAACAACCUAAACGACCAGCAACUCUGCGACUUGCCAAUUCCAGAUUGUGCUAAAUUUUGGGGGAAU